UGAGGUGCAUAUCACCGACAUCGAAUGUCACUGAACUCCAACGACUACUACGAGCAUGAAGAGCAAUUACAUGAACAACUUGCCGCAUAGCUACCUUUUCCAUCGAGGUAGAUUCUAUUGAUGGUAUGCCUAUUCCGCCUCUCACCCAUGUCUCUCCCUUUGCUUCCCAUGAAUACCACAAUGGUACGUUCCUAGGUUUGUAGAAGCAUGACCAAGGCUGCCCGCGCCUUCCAGCAUUUCGUCAUGCGCAUGGACCACGUGGUGAUAAGAUAAAGCUUCCGAACAUGCUAGACCUCGCCGAAAGUGCGAGAAAGUGCCGGUAGAAUCACUCCGGGUGACGACAACGACGGAGUUGGCCUAAAGAUAAAAGGGGCCGUUAUAUAGACUUUCCAUUUCAUUGUAUAUCUUACGUCGCUCUGUGGACGAACUUUUGUCUGGUUAUACUACCUGUAAUAGACAAUGCAAGCCAGAAAGCAACUCAUUUCAUCAGCCCGGCGCAUCGUCGGGUCAUCGUCACCUAGACCUACAAGGCUAAUCUCACGAGCCAUACUCACCGAAUCUGCGGCGCUCAAGAGCAGUAGCAGACUUCUGCCAGCGAUAACUAUCCGUACAUAUGCAAAUGGCAGGCCUCACCCUCCAGGCGGCACCCACCGCAUGAAUAUGGGUGGCGAGCCCGAGAAGCCGGCACUUGAGCAGUUUGGCAUCGACCUCACGGCCAAGGCCAAGGACGGAAAGCUAGAUCCCGUCAUCGGGCGAGACGCCGAGAUUCAGAGAACGAUUCAGAUACUCUCACGCCGGACAAAGAACAACCCCGUCGUGAUCGGAAAGGCCGGCACCGGCAAGACGGCUAUCCUGGAAGGCCUCGCACUGAGAAUCGUGCGUGGCGACGUCCCGGAGAGCAUCAAGAACAAGCGUGUUAUUGCCCUGGACCUGGGAUCGCUCAUCGCAGGUGCCAAGUUCAGGGGUGACUUCGAGGAGAGAUUGAAAAAGGUCUUGACAGAGGUUCAGCAAGCGGAGGGCGAAGUCAUCCUCUUCAUUGACGAGCUGCACACACUGCUCGGUCUUGGCAAGGCCGAAGGGUCGAUCGAUGCGAGCAACCUGCUGAAGCCAGCACUUGCGCGUGGCGAGCUUCAGUGCUGCGGUGCGACUACACUGGAAGAGUACCGUUUGAUUGAGAAGGAUGUCGCCCUUGCACGAAGAUUCCAACCGAUUAUCGUCAACGAACCCACUGUUCAGGACACCAUCAGCAUCCUUCGCGGCAUCAAAGACAAAUACGAGGUCCACCAUGGUGUGCGCAUUACAGACGGCGCUCUGGUGGCUGCUGCUACAUAUUCCAACCGAUACAUCACCGACCGGUUCCUUCCGGACAAGGCCAUCGACUUGAUGGACGAGGCGGCGAGUCAUCUCAAGCUUGAGCAUGAAUCGAAGCCCGAAAAUAUCAUGGCCCUCGAUCAGAAGAUUAUGACUAUCCAAAUUGAACUCGAGAGCUUACGCAAGGAAAAGGACGUUGCCAGUCAGGAGCGCCGCGAAAAGCUACAAGCGGACUUAAAGAAGUACGAAGCGGAAAUAUCGGAGCUCACGAAGCGCUGGGAGGCGGAGCGUGCAGAGAUCGAGGCCGUCAAAAAGACCCAGGAGGAUCUUGACAAGGCGAGGAUCGAGCUUGACCAAGCACAGAGAGAAGGUAACUUUGGACGCGCCUCGGAGCUGAGGUACAGCGUCAUCCCUUCUCUCGAGAUGAAAAUUCCCAAGGACGGCGAAAAGGCGGGGGACACCCUUGUCCACGACGCCGUCACCGCUGAUGAUAUCGCGGCAGUCGUGUCGAGGGUCACCGGCAUUCCCAUCUCAAAACUUACAUCCGGCCACAUCGAGAAGCUGGUGCACAUGGAAGACACCCUCCGCGAGGCAGUCCGCGGCCAAGACGAGGCUAUCAAGGCCGUCUCCAACGCCGUGCGUCUCCAGCGCGCCGGCCUGAGUGGCGAGAAUAGGCCACUAGCUUCCUUCUUCUUCCUCGGACCUACCGGUGUUGGCAAGACGGAGCUCUGCAAGAAACUCGCGGGCUUUCUCUUCUCGACUGAGUCUGCCGUCGUCCGCUUCGACAUGAGCGAGUUUCAGGAGAAGCAUACCAUAUCCCGCCUCAUCGGGGCACCGUCCGGCUAUGUUGGCUAUGAAGACGCCGGUCAGCUCACCGAGGCCGUCCGCCGCAAACCCUAUGCGGUCCUCCUCUUUGAUGAGUUUGAGAAGGCGCAUCGUGACAUCUCAGCCCUCCUCCUGCAGGUCCUCGACGAGGGCUACCUCACCGACGCCCAGGGCCACAAGGUGGACUUCCGCAACACAAUCAUUGUGCUGACGUCCAAUCUCGGCGCCGAUAUUCUCGUCGGCGCCAACCCGUCUCAUCCGUACAAGGAGACAGCCGACGGCGACAUCGACCCAUCGGUCCGCAAGGCCGUCAUGGACGUCGUCGCUGCCAACUACCCGCCAGAGUUCCUCAACCGUAUCGACUCCUUCAUCGUCUUCAAACGCCUCGCGCUGUCCGCUCUCCGGGACAUUGUUGACAUCCGUCUGCGUGAGCUGCAGCAUCGCCUCGAUGACAAACGCAUUUUCCUCAACGUCGGCGGCGAGGUCCGCGAUUGGCUGGCCGAGCGCGGAUACGACCCUAAGUUCGGCGCCAGGCCGCUCAACCGCCUCAUCACCAACGAGAUCGGCAACGGCCUCGCCGACAAGAUUAUCCGCGGCGAGCUGCGGUCUGGUGAUACGGCGGUGGUUUACAUUAACGAGGACAACUCGGGACUCGAGGUGGCGCCAGAGGUCAAGGCAGCGUAAGGGAUGUGAUCAUGAUGUAAGACUAGUUAAGGUAUUUUCUGUUAAUGUUUUUCUUAGCGAGUGAGGGGUCUGCCUGUAUGUUGUAAUUGUAAGACAAACGACUGUAUGCCGUUUCGGUAUUAUUCAUAAUAAGGACUGAUGUGAACU